AGAACCACCACUCAAAACCCCCACCUCUCUCUCUCUCUCUCUCCCUCUCCCUCUCUCGCACACUUCACUUUUGGUUCCAUUUCUUCACACCAGCAUGAACAACCACCACAGCAGCAGCCCUCUUCUUAGCAGCUGGGCUUACUACUGCCAAGGAAAGAGCAUGGAAGAGUUGAGGCAGUCCCUUUUGUACACAACCGUGGAGCUUGAGCAAACAAGAGCAACAGUUCAAGAGGAGCUAAGAAAAAGAGAUGAUCAGAUAUCCCAUCUCAAAGAUCUGCUCCAAAAAGCCAUCAGAGAAAGAGAUGAAGCCCAAGGCAAAUGCCACAGACUCCUCCUUGAAAAACUCCUCCUCCAACAAACCCAGCAGCAGCAACACCAGCAAACCCAGCAGAAUCAGCAAACAGCUCCUCUCUCUGGAAUUUCAAGCAUUGAAGACGAACCCAGAAGAGGAAUCGACUCCAACAAUGGCUUCUCCUCCUCAGAUUGUGAAGAAAGCAUUGUUUCUUCCCCAGUUAUUGACCCAAUUCAGCAAACCCAGCAGCUGCCACCAGGACCAUCAUUGCCACACCCAUCAGUGGAGCUGCUGCCUGAGAAGCCGCUGCCUGAAAAGGGAAAGCUUUUGCAGGCUGUGAUGAAAGCCGGUCCGUUGCUUCAAACCCUACUUCUGGCAGGCCCUCUGCCGCAGUGGAGACACCCGCCGCCACCGCUGGAGUCGUUUGAGAUCCCCCCUGUGACCAUUCCUUCACCACCACCUCAACCACCAUUGCACACCCAGCUCCAGCACCAAGACUCCUCCUUGGCCAACGUUAGCUGCGGCAUAGUCAACAGAAAGAGAGUCCUCUGUGAGGGCUCUGCCUCUCCUCCAGAGACCAAGUUCCAAAGGGUUGCCCUCCGCUGACUCUGCAGCUGCUGCUUCAGAUUAUUAGUAUUAAUCUACCCCUUAUUUUUACGGUUCGCUAUUUUUAAAAAUUAAUACAACUAAAAGGUUAGUGAGGAUGAAAACAAAACCAUGAAUUUCCAAAAUUUCAAUUGGGUUUUUGUGACUUAUCCAUCUAGCAUUUGUACAGAGAGAGAGAGAGAGAGAGAGAGAGAGAGAGAGAGAGAGAGAGAGGUUUGUUUCCAGGUUAACUCAGCGAGAGAAGAAGGCAGUAAAAAAUUCAGAGAGCUUUGUUUGUUUAUUGGGGGUUUAGUUUUGCCUAUUUUCUUUAUGGCCCUUCACAUUCUAUUUUGGUCCAUAAUGUGAAAGGGGACUUGGAAUUUUAUCCAAAUUGUUGUGGGAUGGAAAAUGUAACUCUGGAUUCUAGUUCAGUAAGUUAUGUUCAUUUUGUUUGUCUU